GAGUACGAAACUACGGAUACAUACCGCCGUAGUGGCGAUGGUAUCGAAGCGCACAGAACAGCGUGUUUAUAAACAAACCCGAACCGUUCCAGCGACAGAUACACCGUCCUUUCCGUUCUCCGAUCGACGCAGAGAGAGAGAGAGAGAGAGAGAGAGAAACAAUCUAGGAGAGAGAGAAAAACCCUAGACCGGCGGGAUAAUGUCUGCGACCCCCGGUAGCGGAGGCGGCGGUGCCCCGGAGGAAGAGAAGAAGCCGAACGAGCAACACAUUAACCUCAAGGUCAAAGGCCAGGAUGGGAAUGAGGUGUUCUUUAGGAUCAAACGUAGCACCCAAUUACGGAAGCUGAUGACUGCUUACUGUGACCGACAGUCUGUGGAGUUCAACUCCAUUGCAUUUCUAUUUGAUGGACGCAGGCUUCGAGGAGAGCAAACUCCAGAUGAGCUUGAGAUGGAGGAUGGUGAUGAAAUAGAUGCCAUGCUGCAUCAAACUGGAGGUGGGAAUGUGGGUUUCUAGCUACAGUGUGGCUUUUCUGAAGACUGAAGAUAUUUCCUGUUAAGAAAUGGAUCUGCUGGAGAAGUAUAUAACUAGUACCCAACUCAGUUUUUCUCUUUUUUAGUUGGUUAGCAGUGGUAGUUCAAGGAGUAUAAGUGUAUGCAUGAUGUUGGUAUUUUGUUGCUACAAUUUAGAAACUCGAAAACAGCUUCAAAUUUCCCUUUUGCUUUCCUAAUGAUGAUAUGGAUUGUGACA